AUGGAAGACGGCAGCAUCACUGACUCUCAAAUUACAGCAUCAAGUUUCCACAAAGCACCAGCAGAGCGGCCACCUGAUAACUGUAAGCCAAAGAACGGGCGUCUUAACCAGAAAGGAAACGAAGGGGUCGUAGGAGGCUGGUGUCCGGCAGAAAGCGACCGCCAAACACCCUGGUUUCAAGUGGAUUUGAGGACAACGAAUCAGGUUGAAGGUGUCAUUAUACAAGGCAGCACGGAUCCAUUGAAUUCGUACAAGGACUGGGUCACACAUUACAAAGUGAGCUACAGCGAUGAUCAGCGGACAUGGCAUUACGCCGGUGGAUCAUCUUUGCAGACAGCAAAAGUGUUUCGAGGAAACGUCGACGAUGUGGCAGCAGUUACAAGCAUAUUUCAGAGGCCCAUACGUGCACGGUACGUUCGCAUUCUACCUACUCGGUAUAAAGAAUGGCCAUCGAUGCGCAUCGAGCUUAUUGGCUGCAAAGAUGAUGUUCUUGAUUUGAUAAACAACAGGCCAUUCUCAACCUACGACCACGACAACGAUGGUGAUGCUGCUAACUGUGCUGGUCUGCUGGAGGGAGGUUGGUGGUUUGACCUUUGUUCUGGUGUCCCUUUAUACAGUGGUUACCAUGAGAAGGUUGUGGAAAGCAACCUAAAUGGCGACUAUUCGCAUUACGUCGAUUCGAUUAACGAGUAUCGCGGUAUGCGUUGGAGUACUUGGGAAGGAAGACAUAUUGUGAAGAGUGAAAUGAGGAUGCGUCGUGAAGGCUGAUUUUCACCCACUCGGCCUAUAUACAUUUACUUGAUAUUUAGAUAUUACAAUAAACAUUUAUAUAUAAUAUAUAAAAUGUAAGACAUAUUAAUUGUUAGUAAUUUUUCGCAGGAAAAAAUGUCCUGGCCAUGACAGUGCCUCUCGGAGAUUUUAAUAUGGCCACUAAAAUUGCAGCCAUAUCACCAAAACGGUGACAAUAGAGUAAAAACAAAUGACAUUGCGUGCAUCGCUUACGCUUACAUGAACAACAAAUAUUUGGCAGAUACUGUUAGAUUUGUUGCAAAUCAUUAUUAACAUUUCACUAAACAGUUAAUUUCGAAAUAAGUUUGAGUUUCUACUAUGUCCGUUAUGAUAUUGGAUACUGUUAUACAUGUAUAUAUUCAUCAACACUUUAUAUUUGACAUUGGGUUUUUUUGUAUGAAUAUUGACUGAAAUUUACAUAGCAAACUUAGUUUGGGAGGCACAAAAGUUUCUGAUUAGUUUCUGAUCAUUAACUCUACAACAGACUUCCUUUUCCAAGUUUAUUCGAUCGAAACGCACACUGAUAUUUACACAUUUUACAUCAAACUAUUGUAUCCUUGUUAAAAUAAGAACUGUGAUAAUUUGUACAAAAGUGAUUUUAAAACUGUUAAACUUUAGUAAACAACAUGUACAGUAAAGGUCUGAAGGAUAACCUUCAAUAUUUAUACACAAGACUCACUUUUCCAUAAUUUAGAAAGACCAAGAAAACGUUUUCUAAAGGCAUGUUGAUUCUUUUGAAAUCCUGAUUGAUAAACUGACAACUAGGUUGUUAAUGUUUUGUAUGGUAUAAUCAUAAGGAAGGGUACAUGUAAAUCUGUAAGAGUUUUAGGGCUAACGUGAACAACGAGGGGUUGGAAAUGGUGUUAUUCCGAUCUACACAAUGUAGCUUUUAACAAAAGUCACCCCUUUCAUUGUGCUUACAAGAGCUACACAUGGGGUAAAUCUUAGGCAGGAACUGUAAAAAAAAAAAUUGUAUGUUAUUUUAAACACCAAAA